AUGGUUGCUCUUGAGAAUGCAGCAAUAGGAGACAUCAGUAUCUCUUAUGGCCCGGCAGGAAUCAAGGGUCUCAUCAGAAGCCCUUAUAUCUUCUCGCAAGCACUAUUUGCUAGCAUCGGGGGAUUUCUAUACGGCUAUGAUCAAGGCGUUAUCUCUGGGAUUCUGGUAAUGAACAAUUUUGUAAGUCCAUAUCCUCACCAUUGUAUAUCUGCCACUCACCAUCACAAAAAGGGCAAGCAAUUCCCAACCCUUGCCGACGAUGCAACACUUCAAGGGUGGAUGGUAUCGAUCCUCACUCUCGGUGCGAUGUUUGGGGCCUUCGUCAACGGGCCUAUCGCCGAUCGCUUCUCGAGACGCUGGUCAAUCCUCUACGCCAAUAUCAUCUUCCUCAUCGGCUCGGCCAUUCAAGCAGGAGCCCAAGACCUGCCUAUGAUCUUCAUCUCCCGUUUCAUCACGGGUGUUUCGAUAGGCAUGCUGUCUAUGGUAGUCCCACUGUACCUGAGUGAAGUAGCACCACCAGAGCUACGUGGAAGCCUUGUCGCACUACAGCAACUUGCUAUCACAUGUGGUAUAAUGUGUGCAUUCUGGUUGGACUAUGCAACCCAAUAUAUUGGAGGGGCAGAGGAUGGUCAAUCGGAAGCUGCAUGGCGAUUUCCUUUGGCAUUCCAAUGCUUUCCUUCUUUGCUUUUGGCAGUUGGCACGUUCUUUCUGCCAUAUAGUCCUCGGUGGUUGGUACAAGCCGAUCGCGAACAAGAAGCACGGGAUGUUCUUUGUCGAUUACGUCGGGUCCCAGAAUCGGAUCCUCGAAUUCGCCUUGAGCUCUUGGAGAUCAAAGCAGCUAGUCUUUUCGAACAGGAAACAAGAGCAGCCAAAUAUCCUGAUGUACGCGGAAAAGUUCAGGUGGCGCUUCGGGAGUACAAGGAUCUAUUUGUUUUGCCUCAUCUCAACCGGCGGCUUCUCAUUGCGUGCAUGCUCCAAUUCAUACAGCAAUUUACCGGUGGGUUGAAUUAUCGUGCUCGAAGGACUCUUGCUUAUGUGGACAGGUAUAAAUGCUGUUAUAUAUUAUGCUCCAAUCAUGUUUCGAUCGCCGGCAUGGGCACCUCCCAGUUGAUAGUCGGUACAUUGUACGCCGUCUACCGAGAUCGAUGGGAAACAAACGUCGGUGCAGGAUGGGCUGCAGCUGUUUUCAUUUGGAUAUAUAUUGCCAACUUCGCCUACAGCAUUGGAUGCGUCAACUGGAUCAUGCCCUCUGAAAUAUUCCCACCUUGUGUCCGCUCCAAGGGUGUUAGUAUUGCUAUUGGAACCAACUGGUUGACCAAUUUCAUUGUUGCGCUGAUCACCCCACGAAUGUUGGAAUCAAUAACAUUCGGCACGUUUUAUUUCUUCUUGGCUUUCUGCGUUAUACUGUUUGUUUGGGUCAUGUUUCUGGUACCCGAAACAAAAGGCGUGCCUAUCGAGGAAAUGGAUCAAUUGUUCGGAGGCAAUCAAGGCCAAGAGGACUUGACACGAAUGUUAAGCGUCCGGGCACGACUCGGCUUCGCGGACGAAGGCACCACGGCGAAGAAGAAUAUCGAGGAGGAUCAUGCUACUGUGGAGGAAAGAGAAUGA